CCUGAGAGUAGAGGAGGUGAGAGACCGCCCUUUCUGGGAAAAUAACUGCAUUUUGUUUCCUCCCUCAAGGCUUAAAAUAAGAGCACACACUCUUCUCUCUCACACACAAAGUUUUGUCGUUAGAUAGUUGGUCGCUGUGCUGACAAUCUUCCAGAACCUAUUCCUGACCUACGCUCCAAAGCACAGAUUUAGGAUCAGCUCAUCCUCAUCAAAUCCAAACCAGGACCUUAAUAAACCACAAGGGGAACACUGACCUCAGACCAGCGUUUAAACCCCACGUCUUCCUGCCCAGACACUGACUCUGUCUAGAGUUCCUCCGUGCUCCAGCCGUAUAUCCAUCCAUCCAUCCAUCCACACCCCAGCCAUCCAGCCAUGGGUCUGAUGAGUGAGGACAUGGAGUGCUGCGUCUGCCUCCAAUCCUACUCUCGUAGGGAGAAGAUCCCUCGGAUGCUCCACUGUAAGCACACAGUCUGUGGGCUGUGCUUGCAGGCGAUGUCCAGGCACCAGAGCGGCCUACUGACAGUCUGCUGCCCACUGUGCCGUUGGAUCACCUGCACCGAGCCCAGCCUCACCCUGCCGGGGUCGCUGUGGGUUAACACUGAGAUCUGGGACCAGAUACUAGACACACAACAGGAAGAGGAGGAGGAGGAAGAGGAAGAACAGUGGAAGGAAGCUAACAGACAGACACAAACCACUACACCGUACACAUGGUCUCCAUCAAGGCAUUGUGGCCUGAGGCUCAAACUACAGAAUUUCCUGAGGAGGAUGAAGCACAAUGUACUGUAAACCGAGAAGACGAAGAGCAGGGAUAAAGAAGACUGGAUGUUACCAUUUCAGAGUCGGAGAUACUCAUUGAGUAAUGAAGCUAAUUCACUAAACAGGACCGACCGGGGAUUUUCAAUAAUGACGCAAGAUUGAACCAAUUAUUAAUAUUCUUUGGGUUUGAUUGACUUUGCGUAUGUGUAAUGUUCUCAGUCAACUUACCUGGUAAAAUAAGGGUUAAAUAAUAAUGAAGGAUAGAUAGAUAGAUAGAUAGAUAGAUAGAUAGAUAGAUAGAUAGAUAGAUAGAUAGAUAGAUAGAUAGAUAGAUAGAUAGAUAGAUAGAUAGAUAGAUAAAGGGGUGAAGGUUAGAGACUGUGUGCUGUGUACAAUACAAUAUACUGUGAACAAUGUUUAUAAUAGAUGUUUAAUCAUUUGAUAAAAGGUGUAUUACUGCGUGAAGGGAAGUGGAUGUUUAGUAUUUAUUAUUACAUCAUUUUAUAACUGCUUUAAUAUUGCAGAUUGAUUGUUGCUUUUAUCAAUGUAAUUGUCUGCAUCAUUUCCAAUCCCCCAUAUAAGGGAAGGUGGAUUUGUUUAUCCUCAUUUUACAUGUUUUAUUUAUCUGUUCUGUUUAAAGAGCAUGUUUUUUUAUAUUGGGAUUAUAUUUAUUGGUAAAUAAAUACAUCUACUUUAAAAUAA